CGUUUCAGUCAACACUCGGGAGUCGUGGUCCAGUUCAAACAGUCAACGAUCCACCCGAUCGCCAAUGACGCGCGCUCCGGCAUCGCAGGUUACCUGCAGCAGCAGGGCAAUUCCCUUUCAACUGUAGUUGGUCACGGUCCUCUCCGGGCGUUCACAUUGCCACCACCACCCCAUGGGCCAUGGCUAUGUAGCUUGAGGCUCACAACCAUGGUCCUGCUUCAACCGCCCCGUUCACAUGGUGCCACUUGCUAUCAGCAAAGCUUUGCUAAAAUUCACCAAAUUUCAGUACUGAUUGUGAUUGGUAUCUCCUGUGGAUUGCAGACUGUCGUAGGAGCGCGGAAAGAAAAUGCAACCAUCCCGUGUAGUCAAAACCUUGCAAAUCUUGCAAUCUUGUCUCGUCACCCGCCGUGGCCCACUGGCCACGUUUGCGGAUGGCGAACCACGGUGGCAGGUCGCUCUCAUGGCGGGCGGCCCUUCCUUGCGGGUCUCGGCUUCGUGCGCCCUGAAAAGCGUGCCGCUGCCGGAACCUUCCUCGCUUGACUUCGCGCGGGACUGAUGGUGGAGCGAUCGUCGGAAUCUGUGUGAUGUGGCGAUCGUGCAGCGUCAUGGCUGCUAAGGGCUUCCUGCUGACGAUGGCGGUGGCGGUGGCGGCGGCCGUGGUCGAGGCCGGUGGCGGCGCCGCGGAGUUCGCCUACGACGGCUUCCGCGGCGCGGGCCUGUCGCUCGACGGCAUGGCCGCCGUCACGCCGGCCGGGCUGCUGUUGCUCACCAACGACACCAACAUGGCGUCGUCGCAGAGGAACGACACCGGCAUGUCCAAGGGCCACGCCUUCCACCCGGACCCGGUGAGGUUCCGCCGCCCGGCGGCGGGGGCAGGUGGAGGAGGUGGCGCCGGCUCCGCCGCCGGCGAGGUGUCGUCCUUCUCGACCACGUUCGUGUUCGCCAUCGUGUCGGAGUUCCUGGACCUGAGCACGAGCGGGUUCGCGUUCCUGGUGGCGCCCACCAAGGACCUGUCCACGGCGAUGCCGCAGCAGUACCUGGGCCUGUUCAACGGCACCGACAACGGCGACCCCCGCAACCGCAUCUUCGCCGUCGAGUUUGACACCGUGCGCAACCCGGAGUUCGCGGACAUCAACAACAACCACGUCGGCGUCGACGUCAACAGCCUCAACUCCUCGGCCGCCGCGCCGGCGGGGUACUACGACGACGCCGACGGCGCGUUCCGGAACCUGAGCCUCAUAAGCCGGGAGCCCAUGCAGGUGUGGGUGGACUACGACGCCUCCACCGCGGUGGUCACCGUGGCCAUGGCGCCGGCGCGGAGGCCCAGGCCCAGGAGGCCGCUCCUGUCCACUAAAGUCAACCUCUCGGCGGCCAUCACCGACACCGCGUACGUCGGCUUCUCGUCGGCGUCCAGCAUCGUGUUGGUCAAGCACUACGUGCUCGGCUGGAGCUUCAGCCUCGACGGCGACGCGCCGGCUCUCGACUACGCCAAGCUGCCCAAGCUGCCGCGCAUCGGCCCGAAGCCCCGGUCCCAGGCGCUGACCAUCGCGCUGCCGAUUGCCACCACGGCGACCGUCCUCGCGGCGGUCGCCGUCGGGUUCUUGCUCCUCCGACGACGGCACAGGUACGCCGAGCUGCGCGAAGAUUGGGAGACGGAGUUCGGGCCGCACCGGUUCGCGUACAAGGACUUGUACGACGCCACCGAUGGCUUCAAGGACAAGCGACUCCUCGGAGCAGGAGGAUUCGGCAGGGUGUACAAGGGCGUGCUCCCGGGGUCCCGGACCGAGGUCGCCGUGAAGAAGGUGUCCCACGAAUCACGGCAAGGGAUGAAGGAGUUUGUCGCCGAGGUUGCCAGCAUUGGCCGGCUCCGGCACCGCAACCUUGUGCAGCUGCUCGGCUACUGCCGGCGCAAAGGGGAGCUCCUGCUGGUCUACGAUUACAUGCCAAAUGGCAGCCUCGACAAGCACCUGCACUACCACGACGGCAAGCCCGUCUUGGACUGGGCUCAGAGGCUUCACAUCAUCCGAGGUGUCGCCGCCGGGCUGCUCUACAUGCACGAGGACUGGGAGAAGGUGGUCAUCCACCGGGACAUCAAAGCAAGCAACGUGCUCCUUGACGGGGAGAUGAACGGGCGGCUGGGUGACUUCGGCCUUGCGAGGCUGUAUGACCAUGGCGCGGACCCGCACACCACGCAUGUGGUCGGCACCAUGGGCUACCUGGCGCCGGAGCUGGUGCGCACCGGCAGGGCGACCACUCUCUCCGACGUGUUCGCCUUCGGCGCGUUCGUCCUGGAGGUUGCCUGCGGCCGGAGGCCCAUCGAGGAGGAUGACGACGCGGACGACGCCGCCACCGCUGGCCGCCGGUUCGUGCUCGUGGAGUGGGUGCUCGGGCACUGGCGCAAGGGCUCCAUCGCCGGCGCGGUGGACGCCAGGCUCGGCUCGGAGUUCGACGACGCGGAGGCGGACCUGGUGCUGCGGCUGGGGCUGGCGUGCCUGCUCCCAUCGCCCGCGGCGCGGCCGAGCAUGCGGCAGGUGACGCAGUACCUCGACGGCAGCGCGCCGUUGCCGGAGCUGCCCGCGACGCACGCCAGCACGAGCGGGUUCGCGUUCCUGGCGGCGCCGGCCACGGACCUGUCCACGGCGAUGCCCAACCAGUACCUGGGGAUGUUCAACGGCACCGACAACGGCGACCCCCGCAACCGCAUCUUCGCCGUCGAGUUCGACACCGUGCGCAACCCGGAGUUCGCGGACAUCAACAACAACCACGUCGGCGUCGACGUCAACAGCCUCAACUCCUCGGCCGCCGAGGCGGCGGGGUACUACGACGACGCCACGGGCGCGUUCCGGAACCUGAGCCUGAUAAGCCGGGAGCCCAUGCAGGUGUGGGUGGACUACGACGCCGCCACCGCGGAGAUCACCGUGGCCAUGGCGCCGGCGCGGUCGCCCAGGCCCAAGAGGCCGCUCCUGUCCAAGAGGAUCGACCUCUCCACGGUCAUCACCGACACGGCGUACGUCGGCUUCUCGUCGGCGUCCAGCAUCGUGCUUGUCAAGCACUACGUGCUCGGCUGGAGCUUCCGCCUCGACGGCGAGGCUCCGGCUCUCAACUACGCCAAGCUGCCAAAGCUGCCGCGCAUUGGCUCCAAGCCCCCGUCCAGGGCGCUGACCAUCGCGCUGCCGAUUGCCGCCGCGGCGGCCGCACUCGCGGCGCUCGUCGUCGGACUCUUGCUCCUGCGGCGACGGCUCAGGUACGCCGAGCUGCGCGAAGAUUGGGAGGUGGAGUUCGGGCCACAGCGUUUCGCUUUCAAGGACCUCUACGACGCCACCGGCGGCUUCAAGGACAAGUGGAUGCUCGGCGCAGGAGGCUUUGGCAGGGUGUACAAGGGCGUGCUCCCGGGCCCCGGGACACCGAUUGCCGUGAAGAAGGUGUCUCACCACUCAAGGCAAGGGAUGAAGGAGUUCGUCGCCGAGGUCGUCAGCAUCGGUCACCUCCGGCACCGCAACCUCGUCCAGCUGCUCGGCUACUGCCGGCGCAAAGGGGAGCUCCUGCUGGUCUACGACUACAUGCCAUACGGUAGCCUCGACAAGUAUCUUCACGGCCGCGCCGACGAGCCCGUCUUGGGCUGGACGCCGAGGCUUCACAUCAUCAGAGGCGUCGCCGCGGGGCUGCUCUACAUGCACGAGGACUGGAAGCAGGUGGUCAUCCACCGGGACAUCAAGGCGAGCAACGUGCUCCUCGACGGCGACAUGAAUGGGCGGCUGGGCGACUUCGGACUUGCAAGGUUGCACGACCAUGGCGCCGACCCGCAGAGCACGCGCGUGGUCGGCACCAUGGGGUACCUGGCCCCAGAGCUGGUGCGCACCGGCAAGGCGACCACCCUCUCCGACGUGUUCGCCUUCGGCGUGUUCCUCCUGGAGGUCGCGUGCGGCCGGAGGCCCGUCGAGGAGGACGCAGACACCGACACCGGCGACUGCUUCUUGCUCGUGGACUGGGUCCUGGGGCACUGGCGCAAUGGCUCCAUCACCAGCGCGGUGGACGCCAGGCUCGGCUCGCACUACGACGCAGCGCAGGUGGACCUGGUGCUGCGGCUGGGGCUGGCGUGCCUGCACCCGUCGCCGGCGGCUCGGCCGAGCAUGCGGCGGGUCACGCAGUACCUCGAUGGCAGCGAGCCGUUGCCGGAGCUGGCCGCGACGUACAUGUCGUUCAACUCGUUCGUGGGCAUGGAGAGGUACCGGCCUCUCUUCGACUCGUGGUCCGUCCGGCAGACCACGGCGGCGAUGAGCGUCGCCACCAUGUCUGACAUCGGGCUCUCCGGCGGCAGAUGACACGACCAUGUAGGUGUCCGUCCGUAGUAGGCUUUCAGUUUCAGAUAACAAUUGUGAGGAAGAGAUGUGAUGUUUCAUUGGAUUGAUUCGAUUUGGCCACAUAAAUUGGUGGCCAUGUCAGCUUUUCUAGGAUUUGGUGGAGUGGACCGAAUUAACUUACGUUAAAAAAAGUACGUUCAAAAUUAA